GAUUUGUCGUGUCCCUCGUGUUUUUCUCUCAAACGAAAGAGAAGACUUUUUACACUAAUUUCCAAGAAAUUACACUCAAUAGUGGAUCCCACAAGACAUUGUUUUUAUGGUCAUUGUCUCUGAUGACAUUAAUUAAACCGUUGUUACCAAAGUUCCCCAUGUUAAUCUGCUCCAAAGUUCUUUCUUCAUCUCUAAGCCUUCUGACUCACCACUCUAUCUUCUAAUUUUCUAGUCAUGAGUUUGGCUAGCGAGAAACUAAGCAAGAAAAGCAAGUGCAAGAUGGAAGAUGAUCAACCAAGAAGUGGGAUGGAGAGUAUACAACACGAUCUCGCCCUCGACAUAUUUUCAAGGCUUCCCAUAACAUCUCUUCUACAAUUCAGUUUUGUAAGCCGAUUCUGGCAGAUGUUAUCAUAUGACCCACAUCUUGCUGCCCUGCACUUCUCCCGGACAGCCAAGACUAAUCCAUACCUAAUUUUUCAUUGCGACUAUCCGAUCAGAAAUCAACUUUGUUUUGCCGAAUUGUCUGAUCAAACGGACAAUGAGAUUGUGAGAAGAAUUCAAACGCCUUUUCAUGAUACGAUGCCUGAGUUUAAAGUAAUAGCUUCAUGUAACGGCUUGUUAUGCUUAUCUGACUCUCUAUAUGGCGAUCCACUAUAUAUGUACAAUCCUUUUACUAGGGAAUACAAAGAGCUGCCCAAAUCCAGGCAGUAUGAUGAUCAAGAAGUGGUGUUUGGAUUUGGGUUCCAUCCAGUGACUAAUGAGUACAAGGUAGUUAAGACGGUCCUAUUCUGGAAUCAGUAUAAUAUGUUGCCGCAUCCACGUCCACGUCCUCAUCCUCGUCAUCGUAGACUCAGAAUUGAUGAUCACACAGGAUCAGAAGUUCAAGUAUAUAGUCUUGGAAGCACCAAUUGGAGGAGUAUAGGAAAAGUACCUUACCUGCUUGAACAGCGAGCAUCAGAAGCCUUGGUAGAUGGAAGACUACACUGGUUGACUCACCCGCGGUUAUAUCUAGGAGCUCGGAUUCAUCGUAGCAGAAGCAUAGUUUCUUUUGACCUAGCGGAUGAGCAGUUUCGAGAGGUCCCGAGACCGGAAUGUGGCAGCCUGAAUAGGACUAAUUAUCAUCUGGCAGUUCUAGGAGGGUGUCUUUCAGCAGUUGUUUGGUAUCAAAGAUUUGAGAUUUGGGUGAUGGAAGAAUACAGUGUGAAGGAGUCGUGGACGAAAAAAUUCAACAUUGAAGAUUGGUCCCGGCAGUUCUUGAAACCAGGAUUCCGGCGACGACCUUAUGGAAUUUGGAAGAAUGUUUUGAAUCAGAGAUUUGCUCGAGUUCUAUGCCUUUUUGAAAAUGGCAAUAUUUUGAUGGAGUACAAAGGUGGAGUUUUAGUUUCUCAUGAUCCGAACAGUGGAACAUACAAGAAACUAGUGUUUCAAGGGAUGCCUGAUUUGUUCCAAACAUUUGUUCAUUUUGGAAGUCUUAAUUGGAUUGAUACCCCUAUUCAUACAAGUACAAACUAGAUAAUGUUAUCUCUACAUUGCUCUUCAAUAAAAUUGGUUUUGAAUUGCUUUGUACAAGUUGUAUGUAAUUUAUGAAACACUUGUUCUCUGGAAAAGAGUCUGAUACUAACAGUCUACGGAUAUCCAUGGAUACCAUAUUU